AUGCGAUGCAUUAUAUUCCUUUGGGUUGCUCUGACCUUCAGCAACGAUCAGGCCCAAGGACACCUUGCUAUCUAUCACGGAUACCAGCCAACACGCAUACUACCAAAUAGCCAGGGCCAUCCCAUCACGUCUUUGAUUCAAGAGUUGACUACAAUACACUACUGCCGUAUCCAUCAGCUGGAAACGACGCGUCGAUAUCUCGAAGCUCUUACUACUCGACUGAAUCGUGAGUUGCAGGAGUUACAAGCGAAACACCAUCACGCCCACGAGCAGCUUCAAGGACAUUGGAAUCAAGAGAGAUGCAAGUGUGAGAAUGCCGACAGCUUCAUUACUCCAGCGCCAACACCAUCGCAACCAACGGAGUCAGAAAUUGAUGAUCAAUUUAUUGGAAAUGCAUCGUGGCAUCUGGAGUCGACAGAAUCAAAAUCUGCAGAUAGCGAAUUGACUGGUGAUGGGGACCCAGCAUCAGAUCCAUCGUUUCUCUCCAGCACUAUGUUUGUGCUCUUCGUAUUCCUUAUGGCAGUUCCGGUUGCAUGUGUUAUUGGGUUCGUGUUGCUCUGUAAGCGAAGACGACGGCAGCAAUACACCCACGCUUAA